CUCUCUCUCUCUUUUUUUUUUAUUAUUGUUAUUAUUGAAAAUUCUUUAUUAUAAUAAAAAAAGAAAAUGCAUGAUGCAUUUCAAGUAACAACAGUAGUUGACAAAUUAACUCGAAUUGAAUCUAUUUUUGCACAUGGCGAUAGACUAUUAAUUGGUACAGGAGUAGGACACUUGCUUGUAUAUGAUAUUAAAGAACCUUUAGUUGCUGAUGAUAAUGAAAUACCUGAAGUUACACUUUUUCAAACAAUUAAAACAUUUUCAAAAAGACCUAUUGAACAACUAGACAUUAUUAAAGAAAUUGAUGUUCUUGUUUCACUUUCAGAUGGAUUAGUCAGUCUUCAUGAUUUGCGUACAUUUGAAUUACGUAUGGCACUUGGAAAAACAAAAGGAGCCAAUCUAUUUGCCAUUCAAACCAUGGUUGAAAUGACACCUGAAGAGCAAAUUCCUGUCUUAACCACACGGUUAGCAGUUGCAGUACGCAAAAAAUUAUUAGUCUUUGUUUGGAAGGAUACUGAGUUUUAUGAAACAAAGGAACUCACUAUUCCUGACCGCAUCAAGGCAAUGACUUGGGUUGGCCUAACAAAGAUAUGUUUAGGAUUUUCAGCAGAAUAUGCAUUAAUGGAUGUAGAAGAAGGUCGAUUAACUGAAUUAUUUGCACCUACAACCGGUGUUACAGAAGCAGGACCUAUGAGCACUUUAAAUAGUUUAUACAACAUGUCCAUUGGUGCUCGUGGUGGAAAGCCAAUGAUUACAAAGAUACCCAACAAUGAAAUGCUUUUGGCUAGAGAUCAUGUGAGUAUCUUUUUAGGCUUGGAUGGUACACCUACACGUAAAGUAGGUAUUGAAUGGUCUGGAACUCCUGAACAAAUUGGCUAUUCAUAUCCUUAUGUAAUUGCUAUUUUACCAAAGCAUGUUGAAGUGCGGAAUAUUCAAACACUUACACUUGUACAACAAAUUGAUCUUGCUAAUACAAAGUUCUUAAAUCAAGGAAAACUUGUCUAUGUAGCCAGUACAUCACAGAUUUAUCGUCUUACUCCUUAUAGUUUUUCAUCUCAGAUUGAUCAAUUAGUUGAAAAGAAAGAAUAUAAAGAAGCCGCCAGUUUACUUGAUCAAAUUGAUGCUGUUUUAAUUGAAAAUAAAGAAAAAAAAUUAAAAACAAUACGUACGGCUUAUGCUCAUGAUUUAUUCACUUAUGGAGAAUACGAUAAAGCUAUCAAUUUGUUUCAAGAGUUAGACACGCCGGCAGCAGAAGUGAUCAGUCUUUAUCCUGAAGUGAUAUCAGGUCAUUUGGCAAAGGAGGAAACGUAUCAUCAUGGAAGUGAGGGUGAGGAGGAAGAACAAGGAUCUGCGAUAUCAAAGAAACAUCGUGACCAAUUAGAAGAGGAAACUAAUAUAUCAAGACCCUCUAGUCGAGCCUCAACUAGAAGUAAAGCAACGAGUCAACUAAGCCAAUCAAAAACGAAAAAAAAUGAAAUAGUCCCCUUAACAGGACUUCACCUGUAUGAUGCAGUGACUUAUCUAAUCCGUUAUCUAACUGAUAGAAGACAGAAAUUAGCAAGAAAAUUAAGCGCUCAUAGUUCUGGGCCUGCUUCAGUUGCAUCAUCUACAAAACAUUCCGAAACCUUGGAUGAUGAUGAAGAAGAUUUACUUUACCAAGCCAUGUUAGUGGAUACUUCAUUAUUAAAAUCUUAUAUGAUGACAAAUGAUGCUCUUGUUGGACCUCUACUUCGUGUUCAAAACCAUUGUAAUGUAGAAGAAUGUGAAAAAAUAUUGAUGGAUAAAAAGAAAUACAAAGAACUUGUUGAUCUUUAUAAUUGUAAGGGGUUACAUGGACGAGCUCUAGACUUAUUAGAAAAGUUAGGAAAACAAUCUGAUGGGCCACUUAAAGGAGUUUCCCCUACAAUACGAUAUUUACAAAAGUUAGGCUUAGAUCAUUUCGACCUUGUAUUACACUAUUCUCAGUGGGUUUUAGAAAAAGAUCCUGAACAUGGCAUGGAUAUUUUUAUGGAUGAUUUAGCUGAAGUCGAGACAUUUCCUCGAGAUAAAGUAUUAAAGCAUUUGGAAACUAUUUCAAAUGACUUGGCAAUUCAAUACUUGGAAUACAUAAUUGAAGAAUUACAUGAUGAAUCUCCAGAUUUUCAUAAUAGACUUGUGAUUGCUUAUCUUGGCAAAAUUAACUUUGAUAAAAAGAAAGAAGAUAAAGAAAAUAAGAACAAGAUAAGAACAAAGCUUAUCACCUUUUUAACUGAUUCAUCUUGUUACAAAGCUGAAAAGAUAUUAUCUCGGUUGCCUAUAGAUGAUUUGUUUGAAGAACGUGCUAUUCUUUUAAGUCGUAUUGGACAACAUGAUCAAGCAUUAGAUAUAUAUGUUUAUAAACUGAAAAACUAUGCCAUGGCAGAAGAAUAUUGCACUAAAGUAUAUCAAGAAGAUCCUUUGAAAGGAGAAAAAAUGUAUUUGACAUUAUUAAAGGUCUAUCUUAAGCCAACAAGUAAUCAACACAGGCCGCUUAUUGAACCAGCUUUGAAACUAUUAGCACAUCAUGGUUCUCAUAUUGAUGCAAGUGAGGUUUUAUCUAUUUUACCUGAAAAAACAAAGCUUCUUGGUUUGUUUCCAUUUUUUGAAAAGUAUAUUCGAGAAGCAAACAAGAAUCGAAAUAUGGACUUGAUUGUUAAAAAUCUUUUAAAGGCGGAACAGAUACAAGUAGAAGAACAAUUAAUGUAUUAUAGAUCAAGAGCCGUCAAAAUUACAGAAGAUCGUAUGUGCCCUCAAUGUAAUAAAAGAAUUGGAAACAGUGUAUUUGCUGUAUUCCCUAAUGGCGUAGUUGUACAUUAUUCUUGUAAAGAAAAGAUUGAACAAACUCAGUGGAAACUUAUUUGAGAUAUUAAUAAAAGAAUACCCUCUCCCCUU